AUGACUUCUGUGGCACCCAAUAGAGUAUCAUCCUUUGCUGCAAAGGCUGCUGCCACGGCUACCAAUCGUCAGAAUAAUACUGCUACUACCGGAAGUGAUAUACCUCAAAUUGAUCGCGUGGUAGAGAGUGUUGCUAAUGCGAACAAACGUCUCUCGCAAACUUCCACAAUAUCCAAUAGCAAGCGAAAGGCUGAAAAUAAGAUUGGCCCAUGGCGUCUCGGACGUACAUUGGGUAGAGGCUCUACAGGUAGAGUUAGACUAGCUAAACAUUGUGUUACUGGGCAGUUGUCUGCGGUGAAGAUUGUGCCAAAAGCAGCACCGGGAACCGUCCCCAGCUACAAGAAAGGCAGAGGUCCAAAGAUAGAUCCCAAUGGUCUUCCCUAUGGGAUCGAGCGUGAGAUCAUCAUCAUGAAACUGAUUUCACACUCUAAUAUUAUGGCAUUGUACGAUGUUUGGGAAAACGAAAACGAGCUGUAUUUGGUUUUGGAGUAUGUGGAAGGCGGUGAAUUGUUUGAUUUUUUGAUUAACCGUGGAAGGCUCUCCGAGAGAGAGGCUGUUGGUUACUUCAAACAGAUCAUUCGUGCUGUUGAAUAUUGUCACAAAUUCGACAUUUGUCACCGCGAUCUAAAGCCCGAAAACAUACUGCUCGACAAAAACCACAAUAUCAAAAUCGCUGAUUUUGGAAUGGCUGCUUUAGAAACCAAACACAGAUUGCUUGAAACAUCUUGUGGUUCCCCGCAUUAUGCAUCACCAGAAAUUGUUGCCGGUAGGACUUACCAUGGAUCGCCAAGCGAUGUCUGGUCAUGCGGUAUCAUCUUCUUUGCUCUUCUUACAGGUCACCUUCCGUUUGAUGAUUCGAAUAUUCGCAAGCUAUUAUUGAAAGUUCAAACAGGCAAAUUCCAUAUGCCUGCAAAUCUGAGCAACGAAGCAAAAGACCUUAUAUGGUCUAUGUUGAGAGUUGAUCCGCGCAAUAGGAUUUCAAUUCAUGAUAUCCUUCAACAUCCAUUGCUUCGGAAGUAUCCUGAUACUGAGCAAAGUCUACCUGUCAUCGAAGAUGUUGAUGAAAGAAUGUCCAAGCCGAUCAAGGAGAUUGAUCCAGACAUUCUUCAUAAUUUGCAAACUUUGUGGCAUGGUAUUCCGAUCAAUGAACUUGUGAAGAAUCUUCAAAACGGUGACCAAAACCCAGAGAAAAUGUUCUACUAUUUACUGGAGAAGUACAAGGAAGACCAUAUCGAAAACCCGAAUGAGUCGUCUAAGCAGUCAAGAACUCGCAGACGGCCACCAUCUCCUAUCAAGUCUGCUAAACUUGGGAUUACCAAGUCUACCAGCAUAAGAACAAUUAUUCAAGACGAAAAUGGGGAAGUAUUGAAAAUGACGACGAAGGAAAUGCCGCGUGCCCCCACAAAGGCGCUGCCAAAGAAGCCGUCCAAAUCUUCAAUUAAUAGCAAGAACCGGGCCCCAGCUAUGGUUGUCUCUUCGACUCUCAACAAAUCUGUUUCCUUCAACAAAAGAAGCAGUAGUAAGCUAUCCAAGGCUUCGCGGUCAUCUUCUAAAUCAUCACUUGCCAAGUCCAAGAAACUCACGGUGAAUCCAAAAAACCUUCCUAAGCUUCCAGAGAUUGAUCUUUCGGAGUUUACUUACAUGGUGAAUGCCGUGUUUCCCGACGAUGAACCAGACCUCAACCUAACAUUCGAUAUUUAUGAUGAUUCGAAAACCUCGAAUCCUAAGCCGGAACGUUCGCCGGCUAAACGUUCGAUGAGCUCUAUUCAAAAGGUUGUGACACAACCAAGGAUGUCAAAUAUGGAUGAUCAGGCAUUCAAAUCAUCACUGGAUCCUAAGCUCAACAGGAGACUACUUGCGAGAAAGCCUGUCCCUCAGACAAUCUCAAGAUCAGGUCACAGGUCGGGCUCAGAGUCUGCGUCUGACUCUGCGUCAGAGUCAAUCAGAAAGACUAGCGAUGUCCUUCAAAAGUUUGGUGUUAAGAUGGAUUUGGAUGGAUUUGAAACUCAGAGAUCCACUCCAAAGAAACAGGCACCAUCGAAGUUAACCAGAAAGAGUAGUAUUGUUACCUCGCAUUCGUCUUCAAAGAAUCUGUCGUCUUACUUGUCUCCUCUGAAUGACAUAUCAAUGAACGAUUACAACAAAAAGACCAGGACAGAGGCUCCGCAUUACACUAAGUUGUUGCCAGCAAAGCGUUCUCCAAACCGUCACAAGACUCACAAACCUGAUGUAUCAGUUGACGAGAGCAUAGUAUCUUACGCCAAUUCAUACAGUUUGCAUUCUGCAAUUCAGAUUCCGAUUCUAACGCCUAUGGAUGAAAAAUUCAAAGUUCAUCCUUUUGAAGAAGACAAGUUUGCAGAUGCAGAGAAUGAGAAUGGCAGCAAGAUCAUCUCAUCACAAUCAAACCAGUCCAUAUUGAGGCCACAUCGUAUAGCCGAAUCUGCACCAUCUCACGAUUCUCAUUUGAACAAGUUUGUGCAACAGCCGUUCCCAACGAUUCGCUGCUCUCUUAUGGCCAACUCUAACUAUGAUAUGCCUCCCGAAGACGGCACUAACAGGAAGAGGAUGACUCUGACUCCAGAGAAGGCCAAGAAGAUUGAAACCGUGAAGGAAGAACCUGCGCGCGCAUCGAUUUUUGCUGACCCGCAGAUCGAGCAACCGUUCAUUGUUCACGAUGAAACCACUAUAUUUGAUGAUGAGACCACAGAAAAAUCACAAGUUGUGGACCUAACUCGUCAGCAGAGGGCAUUUAGAAGAAGCUCUAACAUCAAGGAGCGGAUAGUUUCAUUGCUUCCAAGAAGGGAGUCCUUGGGUGUGCAUAAGGUGGAUAAUUCCCCUAUUGACCCUAAUUUUGAAGAGAGAGAGGCAAGGGAGACUGCGAACGAGAUCGCUACGGAGACGAAACAGAAACGCCCUAACUGGUUCAAACGUUUUAUUGGAACUCUCGAAUGGCAGCCGGAGGUUUCUAAGAAGAAGGCUGUUCCGAAGUUCAAACGUACCAGGUUUUGGAAAAAACAGCAUUAUAUUGAGAGCGAUAUCCUCACGAACGAGCAAGUUAUCAACGGACUGAGGAAUCGUCUUGAACAUCAGAGCUACGUAAAAUUGCGUCCGGGACGUAACGAAGACGUGUUGAAUGUUGAAUACAUUGGCAACUCCAGAAAGAACGGGCUGCACGUGACCGUGGAGACAGAUCGUCAAGACGGCUAUGAAUAUGGGUUUUCAGGCUGUGUUGUCGUGAUGACCAAGAAUUCUGGGUCCAACAGGAUGUUCAAACUGUCAUGCACCAUGAUGGAUCAGUUUGUGCGAGAAAUGGAGAUGACAAAAAAUGACUGA